CUCACCGUGCUGCACCGCGCGCUGCUCGGCCUCGACAAGUUCCUGGGCCGCGUCGAGGUGGACCUGCGGGAGCUGCAUCGGGACCAGGGCCGCAGGAAGACCCAGUGGUACGCCUUGAAAUCCAAGCCAGGAAAGAAGGGGAAAGAGCGAGGAGAAAUUGAAGUUGACAUCCAGUUCAUGAGAAACAACAUGACAGCUAGCAUGUUUGACCUUUCCGUGAAAGACAAGUCUCGCAACCCAUUUGGGAAGCUGAAGGACAAGAUCAGGGGGAAGAAUAAGGACAGCGCCUCAGACACCGUGUCAGCAAUCGUCCCCAGCACCUUACCCUCCGUUGACAGUGAGGAUGAGUCGCCCUCCAAAGACAAGAAAAAGAAGUCAAAGAUUAAGACCUUGUUUUCUAAGUCUAAUUUGCAUAAAACACCACUUUCCCAGUCCAUGUCUGUCCUGCCUACUUCAAAGUCAGACAAAGUGCUGCUUCGUCCGGGAGACUUUCAGUCCCGGUGGGAGGAUGAUGACGAGGAUGAGUCCUCCUCUGCCUCAGACGUCAUGUCUCACAAGAGAACAGUAAGUGCAGAUCCUAAGCAACUGAACCAGAUCAACUUCAGCCUUCCCAAGAAGGAAGGGCUCUCUUUUCUCGGCGGCCUUCGGUCCAAGAAUGACUCCCUUUCCCGCUCUAACGUCUGUAUCAAUGGUAAUCAUGUUUAUGUGGAGCAGCCAGAAGGCAAGAAUGAGACCAAGGACACCUCUUCUUCUUCCCCAUCCCCCCAGGGCUUCAGGAAGAAGCAUUUGUUCUCAUCUACAGAAAACUUGGCUCCUCGCUCUUGGAAGGAACCUGGGGAAGGGGGUGCAGUGUCUUCUGACAAGUGGCUCUCUGAGUCUUCCACGAAGAACUCUCCGAAAUCCAUGACCCUGCCGCCCUCCUGGCCACCCGUCAGCGGGGACGUUAGGGAAAACACGGCACCAGUGAAAUUGGAGGCUGUGAAAGAAUCCAAAGAGAGCAAGAAGCACGAGAACAGGAAGUCCUCUUUGCUUUCUCUGGUGACAGGGAAGAAGGACGUGGCUAAGGGCAGUGAAGGGGAAAGCCCUGCUACCACCCCAGGGAAAGAGAAGGAGGGCGCGCUGAGGGAGGACGGGCCAGGGCCUGUUGAAGGCCUUGCGAAGAGAUCUGAGAAGGAUACUGUGGCCGUUGUCUCUGGACAGGGAAAAUCCCUGAACCCCUUUGAAGAUGUGAAGAUCACAGAACCGGAAGCUGACCCAGAGCCCAAGUCUGAACAGACACCACCCGUUACCUCUGCCAGGGCGCCCCAGACCAAAGCCGUGAAACCUCGACUGGAAGUGUCUCCAGAGGUUCAGCCCACAGCCAGGCUUUCUCCUUCCCCUGACUCUCCUCCCUUCUUUCCUGCUCUCCCUUCCAGAUCUGCUCAGACACCUGUCCUUUCUCAGUCGGGGCAUGAGUCAGACACACAGCCCACAGAAUCUCCUUCUGUCUGCUCUACUCUCUCACCUCCCCUAGCAGCUCCCAUUUCCACAUCCACUCCUAUUGAGAGCUGGCCUUCCACCGACCAGGGACAGGCUGGCCCCGAAGAAUCAUCUCUGCUCCUGAAUGCAGGGUUACAAAAGGAGAGCUUAACACAAGUUCCAAAUGCUGGUUCUUGUGCCUUGGGAUCACUUUCCAAACAGCCACAUGCUGCAGUGUGGAAAGGAGCAGGAGAAGCUCCGGUGGGGAAGACCAGUGAGAUGGACACAGAGAAGGAUACCAGUGGUGACGACUCAGAAAAAUCUCCCCUGAAGCAGCCUGAAAUGGGACAGCAAGAAGAACUUCUGAGGUUUCCCCCCCAAAAACAAGACUAUACCUCUUCAUCUGAAGGGGCUCAAGAAGUAACAUUGUCUCUUUCAGUGAGAAGUAGCCGCAUGGAAAGCCCGUUUGGGAAGCCUCCAAUGGGGGUAAACACAGACUUGGAGAGUCAGUCUGGGUCUUUUGAGGAGAACAAAGUUGGGGAUGGCCGAAUGACUUCUGCAGUCAAACAAGAAGUACCCCCUCUUCAAAUGGGAGAACUGGUCCCCCCACUUGACUCCGUGAUGGGGAGACAUGAAGAGAUGGGUCUGAAUGGCAGUGAGGGCCGAAAGAAAAUCAAGAAGCACGUGUCAUUUUCUGAGCAGCUCUGUAUGGAAGAGGAAGUGGAGAAGUCCCCUGGAUUCAUCAAAGAGAACAAAAGUGAUCCCCAGGAGCUGAGGCAUGGAGGGGCUGCCGCUGGCAGUGUGUGUCACAGAGAGCCUGCUGAGUCUCCCCACGCGGGAGACUCUGAGAGGAAAGUUGUGAUUGAACCCAGGCCUCUGAAUUCCAGUGUGCCAGCUGCCGUGGCUGAUCACCUGCUCCUCCCAUCUCAUGAGGAGAGUGUCUCAGAAGUCCCAGUGAGUGAAGCAAGCUCGGGGAAAGGCAUUCCACUCCUUAGGACGGAGGGAGACGAUACACUUAUGUCUCAAAAUCAGAGCAAGGCCAGUGAUCAUGAAGGUCUAUUGUCUGAUCCCCUGGGUGACCUUCAGUCUGCCUCAGAUGUUAAAUCUCCAGUCACAGCUGAUCGGGACUUAACCCUUCCUUCCAUUCCUGAAGUUGCGUCAGAUGAUGAAAGAGUAGACGAGCUGGAAGAUGACAGAGGGGCAGCAAAGGUGGCAACUCUGGAAGUAGGAGCUUCUUCCUUGAGCAUGUUACCUGCCCACCCUGAGAAGGCGCCCAGUGGCGAGGCAGGUGGAAUGGCAGUGCCUGCAGACAGCCUACAUGACCUCAGGUCGAAAGUGCCAGAAGCAUCUGUUAGGGCUUCUUCAGAGCAGACUACAGCUUUAGGAAUUCAUAAACCAUGCCUUAGCAAGAGCUUAUACUUGGAUACACAGCCACCAGGCCCUGGUAAUGACGAGAAGGAAAAACUGAUGGGAAAUGGGAGACUAAGUCAGCCUCCUGAUGUGGCCCUGGAUUCUCCUGUCUCCAGCCCAUCCUUUUCCGAGCCCUCUCCUGCCACACACUCUUUCCCUAGCUAUCCACACUCUGACACUCACUAUGCCAGUACAGCAGAAUCUCAAAAAAAAGCAACAGCAGAGGGCCUCCCUGAUAAAGUGGAAAAUUCUGGCAAGAGGAAGCCGCUUCUUCAGGCCUGGGUCUCACCCUCGGAGACACAUCCAGUCUCAGCUGGAACUGGGUCAGCCAAGCACAGACCUCAUCUUGUGAAACCAAUGAACACGACAGCCACCAAGAUUGCUAACUCCAGCUCGGGAACUGCCACUAUCAUCAGUGAGAACUUGAUCAACGAAGCUAUUAUGAAGAAAUACAACCCCUCGGACCCUGCUUUUGCUUAUGCACAGCUAACCCACGAUGAGCUGAUCCAGCUGAUCCUCAAGCAGAAGGAAACAAUAACCAAGAAGGAGUUCCAGGUUCGCGAGCUGGAGGACUACAUCGACAACCUGCUGGUCAGGGUCAUGGAGGAAACCCCCAACAUCCUCCGAGUCCCGGCUCAGGUUGGCCGAAAGGCAGGGAAGAUGUGAAUGGCCAGCGCUGAGACUUUGUUGUGAGUUUGUUUCCACUUCCUCCUGAGGUCAAGGACUCCAUAUGCCUGAUAACCAGCUUACGGCUCCAAGUCACCAUCUAUCUCCCCUGCAUGUUAUCUGGCAAGAGUCAAUUCUACCAGUUGGAGCCAGGUUAAUUAUUACAAUAAGUCUUUUACUGUACAUUCCCAGGGUUUUAUUUUUAAAUGCCACUGUGCCUUAUGUUGUAAAUAUUUUAUGCCCUGACCAAAGACAUGGUCAUAAGAUCUGAUCCCGGCCCAUGGUGCCAGGGGUAUUAAUGUAUUUUAACAUUGGGGUUUCCUUUCUUCUUUGAAAUUGAGAUCCUAAAAUAUGUAUCCCCCAGUCAUUAAUGCUUGGGGCAAAAUGAGAAGGUGCUGUGUUACAUAUAUUUUCUUGGCUUUUGAGUAGCUCAGGUGUGGCUUUUUGGCUAUAGAUGCUAAAUUUUGAUACCAUGUCAACCUCCAGGGCUUCUUAAACUUGGCCUUGUUUUGACUGGAGUGGAGGAAUUUAGGGAAAGCCUCUGAGUGUGCCUUUAAGAUUUUUGAACAAGUUGCCUUUUCUAAACAUCAGCUUCCACUACUCCCUAGCCUUAAGAUGUGCUCUGUGUGGAUCCACAGGACCCUUGAGAAGUAGAACAGGGGAAUGGGAGAGUCACUUGGGGCUCAAGUAGGGGGAGUUGGUUGGAGUCCCUCCUCGCAUGAUAGCAGGGUUCCUGCUGGCUGCUCUGUGUCUUGAUAAGGGAUUGGGUGACUCAGCCCUUACUAAAAUGAUUCCACCAGGUACAGAAUGAUUUUAGUUGGAUUCCUGUGGCCUUUUCCCUUGUGCCUUAGCUCCUUGGUUUCCCUGGCAGCUCUUCCUGUCAUUUCCCCCCUUAUUAUAAAAUGGUGUAAAGAGCAAGAAGGUGAUACUUAUUUUGGGAUUGCUGUAUUUUAAAAACUAGAUUAAUACACAUAUUUUAAAAAUUAGAACACUUGCCCUCUUCUUAAUUCAUAGUACCAGUUAAAAUUCUUCAGGUAAUCACAUUGUUAGUAAACCUAAUAUUGGGAUUAGAUUGUUUCUGUAUUACUCAUUUUUUUCUCCUGGUUGUGACAGAAUCUUACCAGAUCUUGACCUUUCUCUUGGGGGAGGAAUAUCACCAGCCAAUGGGGUGGGCAGGGGUGGCAAUACUAGCAGGUAUUAAAUUUGGGAUCUCUUCUUGGUAUGUUUUUGUUAUAUUGAGGUUAUGAGGCAAGAUUGUUGGCAGCAGAAUUCCUUUUCAGGAUCACAUUGGCUGCAACUUUAGUUAUAUCGGAGCACUUUAAUCUGAAGGAUGAUACUGUAACUUGAUUUAUCUAAUUAGUUUUUAACUACCUAUAGCUAUUUUAUUUAAUACUCUCCUACAGUACUGGGGACUACUGUAAACUUCUCAGAUGACUUGUAUUUUUGUAGUGCUAAGAAAUUUAUUUACAUACCUACAAAGAGAACUGUAUAUUCACUUGAACUCUGAAAAUGUAUAUGUAUAUAUUUGUUCCGCAACAUGUUUUUUACUUGAUGUAAAUGUGUUUUGACUGUGAUAACCCAAGUGCACUGGGGGGCAGGUGUGCUCUGAAUGGUUUCUCCUCUGAAGAGCUGGUGUGGAGACCUGCACUGUUCUGGGGAGGUUUGGUUUGGAGAUUGCUGCUAAGACCUUGGGCAUGUACCCCGGUCAGUGCUUGAGAGGGACGCUGGGUGGAGGAGCGAAUUCCUGUGCUCUGAAAUGCCACUUGGGAACUCUGGAGAAUGAAGGACAAUCUACUUCAAGGGUGUCUGGUUUCUACCACUGCUGGAAAAAAAAUUCAAUUGAUAGCAUUCCUGUACCUUUCAAAGUAGGCAGCCUGAAGAGUUAAUGACUGUCCUUGAGGACUCUACUCUGGGACAAAAUUUAUCUAAGAUAAAGUUUUAGCCUGCCUGAGCCAUUCGCAGGGCGUGGUGAGUGGAUUGCUGGACUCCUAUACCUGGCAUAUGUCUGAAGGCCUAUGCCCAUCUGUAUAGGAACUGGGACUUGCUUCUAGCUGAUGUGAAUGCUCAUCUAACUGAUGGGCCCUGGGAAGAGGCUGUGCUCUGGAGCAGCGGGGCAGCUCUCCUUAGCCUUGCCUAGCUGCCUCCAGAAAGAACAGUAGGUACUUUAGGGAAGUGUCAGAUUAAAUACCAAACACCUUGCAGUGAAUUUCAACUAGAGGUCAGAUCCAUGAAAAAAGAAGGUCAAUCCUUUGCUUGGUUUCGUAUCAUCUCAUUCCUUGGACUUUGGCAGAUGUCCCGCCCUUCUUUCUUAUUCCUGUAUGUUAACCUCAUCAGGUGAGCAGAAUGGAGAAGCAAGAAAGUCUACCCUUUGCCAUGCGUAAGAGCUGUUGAUCUUCCAGCUGUUGAGUGGAGAGGUGUGUGCAUGUGUGCACGAACCAAUGGGAUACAUGUGUGUCAUUCCAGUGGGAGCUCAGAAGGGCAUCGAGGGAGGAAGGUCCAUGACACUCAGCCACAUACUGUAUUGAAGGCCAGAGGCAAUUUAAUAUUAAAUUAUACAGGAUAUUUCCUUACUGGAUCCCUUCUCCCAAUGGACUCUUUUUUCUUUUUUAGAACUACUAAUUAAUGAUCCCUCAAGGCUGAAAGAUUAAUUGCCUUAGAUGGAGAACAUAAUCUCUUCUAGUAUCCACACCAACCUCAACUCUGGUUUCUCAAUAUCUAUUAUGUGAGCUGCUAACCUAACCUCUUCCUCCCUCCAACUCUUGAAGGAUCCCCCAGUGUUUUUGGAUUAUAGAGUUAUUUCCUGCUUUGUUACUUGGGGAGUUUUGAAUUUCUCUGAUUUUGUUUUUAAGAAGUAACCUAAAAUUUCCAACAACACUAAAUAAAAUGGUACUACCUUUCAAA